AUGCCACCCACAAUUCAGGCGCAUGAAUUUAAGGCACACUGCCGUACCACGCCAAAGGACGAUGAGGAUGAGACGGAUGUACAUAUGCGUAGCAAAACGCGAUACGCCGAUGGCACAGUUAAAUUACGCAACCCUAAUAUUGAACUUAUGGAUCAGGAUAUCUUAUAUCACGUAGCGCUGGGUAGCGAGAGUCACGAUCUGAGGGAAAUGUUUGGCGAUGUUAAGUUCGUUUGCAUGGGCGGCACACCAAAGCGCAUGGAGAACUUCGCACAUUUCAUUAUGGAUGAGAUCGGCUAUAAGCUGCCCGCUGGAACACAGCUGCAGGAUAUUAGCGAGUUUUCGUACCGCUAUUCCAUGUACAAAGUCGGUCCGGUGCUAUGCGUCAGUCACGGCAUGGGCACCCCCUCGAUUAGCAUACUGAUGCACGAGGUUAUCAAGCUGAUGUACCAUGCCAAAUGCAUUGAUCCCAUAUUCAUACGCAUCGGCACCUGUGGCGGCAUUGGCGUCGACGGCGGCACCGUCAUCAUCACUGAAGAUGCUUUGGAUGGGCAUUUGCGCAACUCUCACGAGUUUACAAUUCUGGGCGAGACUGUGCAUCGCCCGGCUAAGCUGGAUAAGAAGCUGGCACGUGAACUGAAAUCGCUAGCCAGUGCCGAUGAUCCCUAUGACACCAUCAUUGGCAAGACGCUGUGCACAAAUGACUUCUAUGAGGGUCAAGGACGUCUGGAUGGCGCCUUCUGUGAGUUUACCGAAACCGAUAAGAUGAACUAUCUGGAGAAGCUGCGCGACAACGGCGUCGUCAACAUCGAAAUGGAGAGCACCAUCUUCGCAGCGCUAACACAUCAUGCGGGCAUCAAAGCAGCCGUUGUUUGCGUUGUGCUCCUGAAUCGCCUAAAUGGGGACCAGGUCAAUGCGCCCAAAGAGGUUAUAAAUGAGUGGCAACAGCGUCCACAGAUACUCGUCUCCAGGUAUAUACGCAAGGUGCUCGCCCAGCAUGGCCAACUGAAGUCGCUGUUCGGGCAUCAUGGAUCCAUAAAGUCGCCGAGGCGCUUCAAGCUGGUACAGCAGGAAUCACAGGCCCAUGAUUAGAGCUAGCAGCCAAAUACAAAAGAUCAUUGCAUAUACAUCGGAUAUAUGAUUUCAAGUUACCUUUUGACUCAUAUGUCAAACCAACUCUCAUGUAUACAAAUAUUCCUUUAAACACUCCAUAGUUUAAUUCACUUUAAGUUCUUAUUUUAUUUCCCCAUAUGUGUAUCUAUGUACUAUAUACGUAUAUCCACUUCCUCAUUAGCUUAUUUAAAGACAAGCAUAUUGCAGGUAUUGGCGUAUUAACGCUUAAAGCUGAAAGAACUUAUCCAAACUAAAUAUUAACAUAUUAUAAAUAAUAACAAACUCAAUGUGACGUUGUGUUUCAAUAUAAACUAAAUCAAAUUGUUGUUAAUCGCAUCGCUAAUUGCAACUUUGGUAAUAAAUAAAAUGCAAAAAAAAAAAAUUGUUAAUCGUUAUGUUGCAUAUUCCAAAUGAGGCAAACCAAAUAUUAAUUAUAUGUAUUUCAAAUCGUAAUAUAAAAUUUCGUAAAUUAUUCUAUUACACAUAUUGUGCUGUAAUUCCAAAAACAAUUGUUGUGCGGAUUCGCAUGUUGCUAAUCAUACGCUAUAUUAACAAAAGUUGCUCUUAUUCAAUUCCAAAAAAAAAAAAAAAAACCAAAAAAAUUAAAAAUCAAGUUGUACACGUAAAAAUUCAGCUGAAGCAAAUAUAAAAUCGGUUUAAAUGAAA